AUCACAACGAUCUAAUGAAGAAAUUAGCAUAGUUGGAAUGAAGUUACUUAGAAAUAUUAUAAAAAUAUCAUGUAUGCACAAAUUGAAUCUAUGUAGAGAUUUGAUAGAAUUCGAUUUCUCACCUUGCAUAACUGGUUCGGAUAUGCGACUGGAGUAUGCAUUGAAUUUGCUGCAAACUAUUCUGAAGAAUCUAGAAAAUAUGCCUUUGCUGACUUUGAAAUAUCCAUCCAUUGAUCUUCAUCAGAAGCUUAUUAUGUUGAGAAAUGGAAAAUUCAGUGGUAUUGUUUACAGAUUAUUGAUAUACCUACUGAGGGAACAAUCGAGUUUAGCUACGAGCAUUCACAACAUAUAUAUGAUCAAUUUCGAGUGUAAACAGUGCUCCAAGCAACCCGAGUUUAUCGACUUCCUUAGACGUUUUCUAAAAUUAGUGAAACACACUAAGUAUUAUCCUGUGCAGAUUGCUAGAAUCCAGAAAUACGUCGAUAAUUUGAGUUCUGAAGAUGAUCCUGCGAUUUCCGAGCUGACGAGGAUCCUGCAGGCGUGGACCCCGCUGAAACCAACGGUCGACAUCUCGAAGAUUUGAUGCCACUCUCAAUCAAACCUGCAGCAAUCCAGUUCUCAUUCUAUAUAUGUAUAUGUUGCUUUUGCUAUUUAGUUCUAUAUUUUUUUUUCUUGCUAUUUCUUUUCUCACAAUAUGAUUCCUGCUGGUGUUCGCGAUGUGCGUUUAGCGCGCAUCGGGUGGUUCUAUUUGUGAACCGCUCCGAGAGCGCACACAAAAAAAUGGAUUUAUUUAUAAUAAAGAUUUUCUAUAUUUAUCUCAACCUUGGUGUUUUACAUUCCGGGCAGCGUUGCCGCGCAUUCGACCCGCGAUAAAAACAUAAUAAUCUGUUGCAUGUGGCUGACGACACGUGACUAGCUUGCUCUUUCUAUCACAUAAGAUUGGGUGGGGCUUAUUCGU